AUGGCAUCCAUGUUUCGGAGCGAAGAGAUGUGUCUGAGACAACUUUUUCUUCAGGUGGAGUCUGCCUAUUGCUGUGUUGCAGAACUUGGAAAGCUGGGUUUGGUCCAGUUCAGAGAUUUGAAUGCAAAUGUGAACAACUUUCAAAGAAGGUUUGUGAAUGAAGUAAGAAGAUGUGAAUCCUUAGAAAGGGUCCUUCGUUUUCUGGAAAGUGAGAUGGGGGAGGAGAUCCCACCUGUCAUAUACGGGAAAUAUCCAGAUACUCCACCACCACGAGAAAUGAUUGACUUAGAGACCGUCUUGGAGAAACUGGAAUGUGAGUUGGAAGAAGCCAACCAGAACCUGCAGUCAUUGAGGCAGAACCUUCUGGAACUCACUGAACUCAAACAUCUCCUGAAGAAAACCCAAGACUUCUUUGAGACUGAGACUAAUUUGCCUGAUGAUUUCUUCAAUGAAGAUACUUCAGGGCUAUUGGAAUUGAGAAGUACUCCUGCAGCAGUUGCUGCAAAACUGGGAUUCAUAGCUGGUGUGAUUAAAAGAGAGAGGCUGGUGACUUUUGAACGUUUGCUGUGGAGAGCCUGCAGGGGAAACGUCUACCUGAAGUUCAGUGAAAUGGAUACACCCUUGGAAGAUCCUGUCACUAAAGAAGAGAUGAAAAAGAAUGUAUUCAUCAUCUUCUAUCAAGGGGAACAGCUGAAACAGAAAAUCAAGAAGAUUUGUGAAGGGUUCCGUGCCACUGUAUAUCCCUGUCCCGAAUCAGCCGGAGAACGCCGAGAAAUGGCUGCUGGCGUCAACACAAGGAUUGAAGAUCUCAACACAGUAAUCAUCCAAACUGACUCCCAUCGACAGGGGCUAUUGAAGGAAGCAUCUGCGAACCUGUGGGUCUGGGGAGUCAAAGUGAAGAAAAUGAAAGCCAUCUACCACAUCUUGAAUUCUUGCAACAUUGAUGUCACUCAACAGUGUGUCAUUGCAGAGAUCUGGUUCCCUGUGGUAGAUACCCAGAGGAUAAAAGUAGCACUAAAUCAAGGAAUGGAACGAAGCGGUUCUACAAUCAACCCCAUCCUGACUGCUAUACAAACCAAGUUGGAACCUCCUACCUUUAACCGAACGAAUAAAUUCACUGCUGGAUUCCAGGCCAUUGUAGAUGCUUAUGGUGUUGGGAAUUAUAGGGAGAUUAACCCAGCUCCCUUCACUAUCAUUACUUUCCCUUUUUUGUUUGCGGUGAUGUUUGGCGAUUGUGGUCAUGGUACAGUUAUGCUGGCUUUUGCGCUGUGGAUGAUCAGCAAUGAAAAGUACUUUUUAGCUCAGAAAAAUGACAGUGAGAUUUGGAAUAUCUUUUUCGGUGGACGCUACUUGAUCCUACUCAUGAGUAUCUUCUCCAUUUACACUGGCUUUAUUUACAACGACUGCUUCUCCAAAUCGUUCAACAUAUUUGGAUCUUCCUGGCAUGUCCGCCCCAUGUACAACAAUGGUGGAUGGACGGACGAUAUUGUUCAUGAGAGUGGUGUUCUACAGUUAGAUCCAAAAACAAAAGGUGUAUAUUCUGGAAACCCUUAUCCUUUUGGAAUUGAUCCGAUCUGGAAUAUUGCCAUCAAUAAGCUAACUUUCUUGAACUCAUACAAAAUGAAAAUGUCUAUCAUCAUGGGAAUCGUACACAUGGUUUUUGGGGUGGUACUUAGCCUCUUCAAUCAUAUUUACUUCAAGCAAACGUCCAACAUUGUCCUGCAAUUCAUUCCAGAGAUGAUCUUCAUAAUCUCCCUAUUUGGUUACCUCGUCUUCAUGAUUAUUUUCAAGUGGUGCCGAUUUAAUGUGUACAAUGUCCGGGAGGCUCCCAGCAUCCUCAUCCACUUUAUCAAUAUGUUUAUGUUUAGCUACAAUGAUGCAACAAAUCCUCCUUUAUACGAGCAUCAGCAAGAAGUUCAAACUUUCCUGGUCAUUUUCGCCUUGAUUGCCAUACCUUGGAUGCUUCUGAUUCAGCCUUUUAUUAUUCGAGCCAAGCAUCAGAAAGCUCAGAAUAGGUUGGCUUCAUCAAGCCUGUCAGAAAGUCCUACUGGUGAUAUUGAAGUAGAGAUCAUGGACUCCAACCACUCUGAGAAAACAAACCAAGACGUUGAUAGCGGUGGAGGCCAUGACCAUGAAGAAUUCAACUUUGGCGACAUCUGCGUGCACCAGGCAAUCCACACUAUUGAAUAUUGCUUGGGUUGCAUUUCCAAUACAGCUUCCUAUCUCCGGCUUUGGGCACUCAGCCUGGCCCAUGCACAGCUCUCGGAGGUUCUUUGGCAGUUGCUGUUUUCAAUAGGAUUUAAAAUGACCGGCUGGAUAGGACUAAUUGGGAUUUUUGUCCUCUUUGCCAUAUUUGCUGCUCUGACAAUAGCAAUUCUACUCAUCAUGGAAGGUCUUUCCGCCUUUCUGCAUGCGCUCAGGCUUCACUGGGUGGAAUUCCAGAACAAAUUCUAUUCUGGCUCUGGCUCUGUUUUUUCGCCCUUCUCCUUCAAGACCAUAAUAGAAAGAAAGGAAGAAUGA